AUGACGUUAGCGGCAGCGUUGGGACAGGACGAGGAAGGGGGAGGGGACGCCAUAAUAUCUGCCAAAAAUGCUGGCCAAGGAGGCAUUAGGAGAAAACGGGAUUCGAGGGGCAACCUGAUCGAGCCAGAGGCCUUGCAAGACGCCCGAAAGAUGAGCAAGAGCAUGAAAAAGAGGAUGGCGCAGAUCUCGCUGCGAAAGGAGAAGGAGGCGAGGCGGGCCAAUUUGUAUCAGACCCUGGCCCGUCAGGCCCUUGAUCCUAGCUUGCAGACUCUCUUUCUCUCUUCCAAAGGCUUCUCCCACGGGAAGGAAUCUUUGAAGAUUCGCCUGGGCAGGGCCUUGGAAAGACAACGGGCGGGUUUGCCUGUCGAGGACGAGGAGGCGGCCAUGCUUUUGUACCGGGAACGAGCCACGCAGGAGGAGGGGGAGGGCAUUUUCAGACGAGUGGGACGAAAGGCGCCGCCAUAG